GGGUCUCUGAUAGCAGGAUUUACUGACAGCAGACAACGAGUAAAGGUCAUUAAAAGAAAAACCAGCAAAACCUAACAGGGGUCAGCCAGAGGGGGAAGGUAUGAGGGGACAGCGCUUCCUGUAUUUCAGUCUCCUCAUUUUGGGGAGUCUGCUGACCACUUUCAUCUGGUAUACAUUCAACAACAACUGGCACCGACCUCUGAAAAAAGAUCCUGAAAUUAAAAGCAGUGACUCAUGUACAGAUUGCAGGGAGGAAAAACACAUAAUAGAACUCUGCUCUGCCUCCCGGACACAAGAAAAUCAAAAAGUCAAUAACCAACAACUUCAUCAAAAGACAAAAAAAAAUGCACCUGGGUCUUCUGAUUCUUGUAAAGACUGCAGGAAGAAGAAAAAUAAAGUGCUGGAGCCUUACACUCAAGUUUGGAAGAAAAACGAAGAAAAUCACCUUGAAUUUAGGACUUGGCUGAGACUGAAGUGCAACGGUUUUGAGAAUGCCAUAAUAACCCAGAAAAACACUCCGUUGGGAUCCAAGGUUAUUUAUGAUGGGGAGAAGAAGAAAACCAUCAAAGUUACUGCAGAGCAGUUUAGCUUUUUUUUUCAAGGUCAUCCUUUCUCAAAUAAAACACGACAAACAUGCGCUGUUGUUGGAAACGGCGGGAUCCUGGCAAACAGCAGCUGUGGAAAAAUGAUCGAUUCAGCUGAAUUUGUGAUCAGAUGUAACUUACCUCCCUUGUCAAACGGAUAUGAGAAACAUGUUGGCAUGAAAACAGACCUUGUGACUGCAAACCCGAGUAUAUUCACCAAGAAGUAUGGCUCUCUUUUAGGACGUCGACGUAUGUUUGUUGAGAGUCUGUGCCAAUAUGGCAACUCCAUGCUGCUCCUUCCUGCCUUCUCCUUUUCUUUGAACACAGCAUUGUGUCUACGGGUUUUAUACACCAUUGAGGACUUUGGAAGCCCCAUUCAGCCUGUCUUCUUAAACCCAAAGUACCUUGAGAGUCUGGCUGUUUUUUGGCGCUCUCAGGGACUGAAGGAAACUCGUCUCAGCACGGGCAUGAUGAUGACCAGCCUGGCACUUGACCUUUGUGACGAUGUGCAUCUGUAUGGAUUCUGGCCCUUCAGUGUUCACCCACAUAGCUUCCAAGACCUGACCAACCAUUACUAUGAUGAUGCUCAAGGGAACAAAGUUUUCCACUCCAUGUCAGAUGAGUUCAAGCUUUUGUUACAAUUGCACAACCAAGGGGUGCUCAAGCUGCACCUGGGGGAGUGUGGAGCAAAUGAAUAGAAUGUCCAUUUAGCAGAGACAAAGGUGCCCUCUGUUUAGCUUUAACAUGAAGCCAAUCCAAAAGACAUUUAUCUAAUUAAAUGGAUGGACUGCAUUAUGGAAAAUAUGCAGAAAUCAUGGUAAAUGGAGAAUAUGUGCUACAUAUAUCCUAGGGUUAAAUGUAUUAUGUAUGUACCUACAGUUUUUUGGUUGUACUUAAUUUACCUCCGCCUUUUCCAUUUUGGCUUCAUCUUUGUUUAGUAAAAACUGAGAUGCUAAAAGGUUCAAGGUUACUUUAUUUAUACCCAUGGGCAGAUUUGUUUUGCAAUGGUUUAAAACACAUUCAUACCCACAUACACUGUAAAAAGUAAAAACAUCAACAUACUCAGAACCAUUCGCACGUAGGGAAGCUCAUAGUACUUCACAAGUCAAACACAGCAGGACACAUAAGAGAGCCAGAUUUCAAAAUUAAAAUCCAGGCAGUAAAAAUGAAUAAAAUUUAUUAAAAUCCAUUGAUAUCAAAAAAAUAAAAAAUCCAUGAAAGUACAUUAAAAUCUUUUAGUGUCAGCAUCA